CACAGGUGUUUGAUUCAUAACACAUCAUUGAACUGUACAUCUUGUUUCAUGCCUCUUUGGUAUGUAUAUUUUAUUGAACAAUAAAUGGUAUAAAAUGCUUUAAAACAUAAUAACAUUCACUCUAUCCAUUUUUAAAUACAGCAGUAAAACAAACUGUCCUUUCAGGUUGUGUAAAACACUUGAAAUCCUUGAGUUAAUUAUUUUCCAAAAAAGUUUUAAUUAAUCCUUUUGUUUAGUUAAUUUAUUUUCAUAUUCUAGUUCCUACAUUACUUUGUAUUAAUUUGGCAAAGUGAGUUAAUAUUGAAUGAGAAUCAAGUGCCCUGGUGUUAUCCAGAUAAACACGUUGUUUAAUUCUUAGAUGGCUUUGUGUAUUUAUUUUGGUUUCAGAAUUGGUUUCAAAUAUACAAAAGAGACAGAAUAAAAGCACAAUCAUAUAAUCAUUGGAGGACUUAAUAAGUUGUAAAUAUAACCAACUAAAUAACUCUGACAAUAAUACUGCGUGACAAAGGCUGUUUAGAUCAUAUACUGAUUUAUUAAAAUGAACCUUACUUAAAGCAAUUCUAUUAUUGAUAUAUAAUGAAAAUACCUUCACUAAAUAUAUGUCACAUCAUACCAAUGAUCAACAAGUUUAAUUUUAUUUUAUAAACUCCUUUCUAAAAAUAUAGUCUAAUAUUUGCAUCUCCGGGAACAAAAUUAAGCAAUUGCGUGUUACAUACUUUGAAGGAUUUUAGAUUUAACCCUACUUGCAAGCUAAAAAGUUAGCUGGCCACAGUUUCAUGGAUGCAAAACUCCUGGGUUAGAGAAGAAAGACUUGGGUGCAGCAAACAGUGAGCAUCAGCAUAUUUUAGGCUGGUUUCCCUGAGCCGCCAAUCCUGGAAGCCUAAGAGAAGAGGCUCAGGUUAUAUUUGCAUACACAAUGGGUGGCCUUACAGGAAGCAGCUCUGAGUUGAAGGAAACCAAAUAGGCCCCCUUGCCCUUUCUCCUGUCUUCUAAAGCUCUAAAAAACCCUAUCCUUCAUUCAGAUGGAGGUACUAUCUCCAGCUUCCAAGGCUCUUCCAAGGCUGUUCACUAUGUGUACAUCCUUGAAAGGGUACUCUCAGAAAAAGGACAGCUAGGGCCUUCUCAUGAGACAUGCAGAAAGAGAUCCAUGGAGAACUGUCUCUCUAAAUUAGUGAUGGCUAAAACGUCUUUAUACAGUUGAUAUGAGACAUUUUCUUCCAUUUCUAGGAUACUAGCCUAAAUUGAAUUUUUCAAAAAUUUUUGAAAUGGGAACCAAUUUUUUUAAGUUUAUAUUGAAUUCAGAAUGCUUUAGUCAUAAUCACAUAAAACCCUAGAAGACCUUGAAUACAUAUAGAUAGAUCACAGAUAGAUCGAUAGAUAGAUAGAUAUUAUAUAUAAUACAUGCAUAUCUCUAUAUGGUUUAUUUUCAGCCUCCUUCAUUUAAAAUAUAAAUUCCUUAGAGUUCUGUCCUGGCUCAGCAAGUUAGGGAUGAUCCACGUUGUCACUGUCAUGGCCUGGGUUCAAUUCCUGACCUGAAACUUCCGCAUGCUGUGGGUGCGGCUAAAAUAAGAGUUAAUUCCUUGAGGAUAAUGGCUAUGUGUGGGUAUGAUUUCUCCUGUGCGUAAUUUAUUUUUUAUACUGCUUCCUACAUUACUUUGCAUUAACCUAAUUAAUACAGAGGUAGAGGUCUGCCAUCCCUCUUUCUCUUUGUCAGCACCAUUUCCUUGAGAGCAACAACAAAGCGUGUCUAUAAUCUGAGAGAUCUAAUAGUCAUUAAAUUUGACAACGUUUUUGUAUCUUCAAGACCACCAAUCCAUAGAUUCUAGGACAACACACACAAAGUGGAGCACAGUAAAUAUUUGUUACAUUGAGUUGACUUGAACUCAGGACCUCAUUCAAUGUUUUGUAAGUCAAAAGUUACUCUUGAUCACAGUAAUACUUGCUGUGCUUUGAAAAUAGAAAAAAAAAAGUUCCUAUUCCUCAAACCCGUAGUUAUCUUAUGCUCAAAGACUCCUGUUAAUUUAUGAUGAUUCUAGAAUACAGAUGUAUAAAACUCAGGGAAUCAUCAUAUGCGUCUCCAGAAAUAUGUGCUUUAUUAUGACAUGAGAAGUAAGUCAAGGAGCGCCUAUUUUUCCUUCCUCUGAGAACUCGUCCCCACAGUCUCACCCGUGCUCAUUUCCAUUCUCUUCAAUAGGAAUUCAGCAGCCAGUUUAUGAUUGAUAUACUAUUCAUAUAAGUUCCUUCGGAGGCUUAAUCAUCAGCACGAUGCUUUGGGAAUCACUCUGGUCUUCUUUUCUAAAUUCAACAUUUCAGUCAACAAGAAAUGAGCAGAGUACAAAGUGUUUCUGUACUCCUUCCCCAUCAAAAUUACCUCCUACAGGAACUAGAAAAUAUGUGUCCAUGGGAAUUACCAUCUAUAAGAGCGACUGGCCGGGCCGCUCCUGGGUCUUGCACACAAAGGGUGAGAGAGGGGCGUGGGGAGGCUGCAAGGCGCGGCCGCCCUGCCUGGCCAGUCCCUGCCCACUGAACUAGCCAGACCGGGAGCGGGGACCUGGGGCACGCUAAACUUGGGGCUCGGGAUAUUUGAAUGCCACGGAAAUUGCGGUCCUACCCCGACAAGUCUGGGAGAGAGGAGCGGAGUGCGUGAGCGAACUGAGCGAGUGCUUACGUCGCAGCGAGAUCUGUGCUGGGAUAAUUAGAGAGGAGUUGGGUUGAGCCGAGUCCUCUUUUAGCAGCGGCAGCCGGAGCCGCAGCAGCAGCGGCAGCAGCAGCACAGCAGCAGCCCGGAGGGGCGCGCCUGACUCCGGCCGCCGGGGCGCGCACAGGGUGAGGCCCGCGCCCCGCAGCAGCCGCCCCGCCGCACCCACGGCCCCGGCGGCUCCGGGUGCACAAAGGCAGCGGCUGCCCGCGUGGCCUUCUCCAUCCAGGCGUUCGAUUCCCGCUCCCUUCCUUCUCUUCCGAAGGCGAGAAUGGCAGGGCCGGGUGAGGACCUGGGACAGCGGUGGCUCUAGCUCUGCUCUCCCCACCCCUCCUGCGGAGAGAAGUAGUAGGCUACUCGAGGACGAUGUGGUCGCGGCUGCUCCCCUGUGCGUCUUCCGCCCGGGUUCGCGCUGCUGCCCCUCUUCUCUGUUCGCUCCAUCCCACUGAGAGGAGUUGAUGCUGCUGUUGCCGCCGCCGCCGCCGCCGCCGCCGCCACUGAAGCCGGGGCUGAUGGAUGCCAGGGAGUGCCGCAUUGCUUAGCGUCCCCGCCUCCGGGUUUGCUGGUAGGAGCCGGCUGCUCUUUCUUCUUUCUUGCUUUGGGAUUUUAUAGAAAAGGUAGCGAUAUUUUAAUUUUAUUCUCCACUCCUCUUUUCUACCCUCUCCUCCCCCAACCCGCAUUUGAAAUGUACCUUCCCUGCCCCCCCCCCAGCAAGUCCGUUGAAAUAAAGGGCUAGAGGAAGGCAGAAGUUGGGGGUGGGGUGGGGGGAACCCACGCUGGUGCCAACGCCACCAAAAUCCCUUCUGGUGCCUUAUGAGAUCACGGUGUAUCCAGGAGGGGAGGAGGGAAGGUGCGCUAUCUGCAGUCUCUCCCUAAUUGGAUCAUAAUCUUUUAAAAUAAAAUCUAACAAAUGUCUUAGAAAUAGCAUCUUUGAAUAAACAGAAGGAGAAAUAAGCUCCAUCCCCCCCCCCUUCUCUUUCUCUCUUUUUCCUUCUGGCAAAGACGCUCUCUCCCCGCCGCCCUGAGCUCAGCGCUAAAGAGCCACCUUAUUAUUAAUCAGAAUUUCCAUCGUUAUCCCUGGCAGGAGCAUCCUUCAUUGGGGACCGCAGAGGCAUCACAGUGCUGGGGCUGAGAUGUGCGUAGGGGUUGUUUUUGUUACAUCUUGGAAGAGAAGAGGACAGUACCACCCGUGCUGAGUGCAAUUAGGGGUGUUUUGCUAGGAGAGAGAAAGGACAGGAAGAGGAGUGCUGGGUCGCCAGAGGUCCACAUCUCUUUGAAAGAAAGGGAAGAGGGACUCGAAGUGGGACGUUGUUUUUAGAGGGUGGGGAAAGAAGUUUAUAACCUUCAGAGACGAGGUGUGGGAAAGCAGGAGCAACAGGGUACUUGACUGGACACGAGACGAAUCAUUUCCUGUAAAGAAGAGGAAGCGGGCAGCAACGAGGUCUGGAAGCCAGGGUGCAGUGGUGGCCAGGGCCAGUUCUGUGGUGGGACAGUCAGCAAGAGAAAGGCAAGGCUCAGGAACAAGCAGAACAAUGACUCAUUUACAAGCUGGUCUCUCUCCUGAGACCCUGGAGAAAGCCCGCCUGGAGCUCAACGAGAACCCAGACACACUGCACCAGGACAUCCAGGAGGUAAGGGAUAUGGUCAUCACCAGGCCGGACAUUGGCUUCCUCCGCACAGAUGAUGCCUUCAUCUUACGCUUCUUGCGGGCCAGGAAGUUUCAUCACUUUGAGGCCUUCCGCCUCCUGGCGCAAUACUUUGAAUACCGGCAGCAGAACCUGGACAUGUUCAAAAGCUUCAAGGCCACUGACCCUGGCAUCAAGCAGGCACUGAAGGAUGGCUUCCCUGGGGGCCUGGCCAAUCUGGACCACUAUGGCAGGAAGAUUCUAGUCCUUUUCGCUGCCAACUGGGAUCAGAGCAGGUACACACUGGUGGAUAUUUUGCGUGCCAUCCUACUCUCUUUAGAAGCCAUGAUUGAAGACCCUGAGCUUCAAGUCAAUGGAUUUGUUUUGAUCAUAGACUGGAGUAACUUCACCUUCAAGCAAGCCUCUAAACUUACACCAAGCAUGCUUCGAUUGGCUAUUGAAGGCCUUCAGGAUAGUUUCCCAGCACGAUUUGGAGGAAUUCACUUUGUCAACCAACCCUGGUAUAUCCACGCCUUGUAUACCGUGAUCCGGCCUUUCCUAAAGGAGAAGACUCGGAAAAGGAUAUUUUUGCAUGGUAACAACCUGAACAGUCUACACCAACUAAUCCAUCCUGAGAUUCUGCCCUCUGAGUUUGGAGGAAUGCUUCCUCCCUACGAUAUGGGAACCUGGGCAAGAACACUGCUAGACCACGAGUAUGAUGAUGACAAUCCCAAUCAGUUGUGGAUCCUACAGUGCUAAAACGCAUGGAUAAAAAUGAGGAAGAAAACAUGCAACCUUUGCUUUCUCUGGACUGAUAGCUUCUCUACCCUCCCCAUGGAUUAGAAAUGGAAGGUACUUGUUUUCAGCACCAGGGCCAGCACCAUGGAGGAAUUAUCAGCUGGAAACUUAUUUAUUCAUGUUAAUGUAGCAUAUUAUAUAAUAAGGCAUCAGGCUUUCCCAUUUGCCUGAACCAUGGGUGCCCUGGUCUGGACUUUAACACAAGUCAAUAAUUCAAUUCUGUAAGUGCCAAGCUCUUUGUAAAUACAAUGUAAUCUUCACAUCAAGUUUGUAAAUUUUGGUAGUAACUUAAAUGGGAAGAUUGGCUCAUGAGUCCAUGCCAGUGAUAUGAACUAUAACAAAAACAGAAGAGACAUAUAAACAAUCAAAGCUAAUUAAAUGUAGCCCUGUUUCCUAUGAAGCCAUAUUUCAGCUAUCAUAGUGAUUAUUUCACGUUUUUUUUUUUUCUCUGAAACUGUCAUAUUCAAAUGUAUGUUUAAUGGUCACAGGGAACUAGAUAAUUCUAGGAAAUUAUUAUGAUAAAUGUAUUUCCUGUCUAGUGAGUUUCAGUUCAUGGAAAAUGUGUCCUAGGACUAUCACUGGCCUUGCAUUUGAGAGAAAAGAAAUGGCAGAUGAGCUGGUAAACUCAACACUUGAACUCUUCUAUGUUUAAUUCCUGGAGUCUUGUGAAAAAAAUAUGUUUCCCCAAAUGAAGAUGUGACAUUCUGAAAGAGAGUGAAUUCUUUUUAAACUGCUGUUUUCACAAUGUAUCCUUUAUUCAGGACCUCGUUAUGAAUAAUUUAAGACACUUUCCCCAAAAAAUUAUUUGACCAAGAGAAAGAGAACUCAUAAAUGAAUAGUGUUUGACAGUUAAUUUUGAAUAUAAAAGUCACUAAGUACCAAUAAGGGGAUAAUUUCUAAUUCUUGUGCACUGGUUGAAAUAAUAUAUAUAUAUAUUCACACACAUAUAUAUUUUUACUGAGCUCUAAUAAGUCCUUGAUGUGACAGGCUUAUAAAAUAAAUCAUACAUAUUCAGUGGUCUUAGAAAUGUUAUAGAUUAUUAUAUGAGAUGGUAACUCUGGAAAACCACUUCAACUAAAGUUAAUGAGGUAUAAUGAAACAGACUUUCAGUGAUCUUAUUUAAGAGAAUUCAGUUUAAUUAGUAAUUCAAUCUUGAAUCUGUGCCAUUUUAGUGAAAUAUACUUGAUUCUUCAAAAAAAAAAAAAAACAAAACAAAACAAAAAAAACAAACCAAACCAAACAAACAGGUAGGCAGUAUCAGGUGGCAGAGAGUAAUAUUGUUUUUCUCAAAUUCAAGUUAAUUGUCCUAAUGAUCCAAUAAGUACAUAUUUUCUUUUCAUAAAGGAUUUUAAGAACAUAUUGCAUCCAGGAGACAUAAUGAAAUCAUCUAAGGGCAUCAGAGAUACUAUAUUAUAGUUUAAGUCUAGAUUUGGAGACCUUAUGUUAGAGUUUUCAUUUCACAAAAAUUCUGCAAAGAUAGCACAUUUAAAAAAAUUUAACUUUGAAUUUCAGUUUCUAGUGUGAAAAAGCAAGAUUUUUACCACCUUUUCAGAGUGAUAAUUUUUGAGAUUGAGGAUUUAUCAUUAAAAUAUUCUUUUGAAAGAAAAGUAUCUCAAGGAAAUUUUGGAAACCAACAGAAAUAAAGGCAUGUAGUGGCCUUUCCAUACAUUUUAGCCCAAAACUUAAAAAAAUUCAGUUAUAAUUCUAUAACCAAGAAUCUUGAGUCAAGAUCAGUAAACCAUUUUGCAGUAUCACCAAUGGAUUGUCUAGUGUUCAUAACAAUACAUAAAUGUACAUAAAUAAUAUGAAUGAGAGAUACUUUAAAAAUAUCAGCUUCCAAUCAUGUGCAGAAGAAUGAUGCCCAUAAAGUGCUGUGUUCCACUCAUAAAUGUUAUAGAGAUUGGAUUGCAUUGGAAUAAUAGAAACAAACUAAGUGCAGAAGGCCAGUCAACUUUUCAUUUUCAUGAAUUUCUUUUGAUAUACACCAUCUAUUGACAAUUUUCAGAAUUCUACCACCUUCAGAUGUCAACCAGCCUACCCAGGUUUUUCCUCCCAUGAUAGGCUAGUGUCAGAAGGCAUAUUUUAGCUGUAUACCUACCUAAUUAUAAAUAUCGCUUACAAUCUCUCCCUACCCAACAUUUGGAAACUGCAUUGGCAUUGCUGCUCGGCUGCUCUUCCUCAAAUGAGCAACUGAGAGUUGGCUAGAUUGUGUGAAAUAUUUUUAAAUGAAUGAACACAUUACAACAAUGAUGUCUUUUGAAAUGGCUAUAUCUAGUUCACUUGGCCUAUAUCUUUUCAGUUUGGGAAAAAAAAAAUUCUAGUCAUGCUUUUGAAGCUGCUUAGUUGGAGGCUAUUUGAUCAACUUUAUGAAAUUUCCCCUCAGCAUCAGUUAACUAACACAUUUAAGAGCUUUCUUUUUCCUCAUGUGAUUUUUUUUGUAUCAUGCAGCUAUGCCUGUUAUCUGUCACAACUUAGCAAAUAAGUGCCAUUAUAUUCUUUCAACUUAAUUAUGAUAGUAUAUCCCCACUCAUGCAUACACACAAACACUAGAUUGUUUGCUCUUAUGAUUUGCCUAUUUUGAGAUCUAUGCUUUUCUUUUUCAGUUGUCAUGUUACUCAAAAUCUGUAGGCAUCAAUGAAUUACCACGUCUGAUUUGGAAUAGGCCAGUAGUUCACUUACUUCCUUUACUCAGCCUACCCUACCUUCUAUUUCUUGUAUCAUUUCUUUUCUCCUGUGUUUCAAGGGCAGCUGCUUCCAAGGCUGGUUUAAAAAUAAGUAACUUCCUUGUGUUGUCAGUAAUAUUUGAACACAUUUUUGACUGAUAUUUUAAAAGGAAGAGAUUAUCAUAAAAAUAUACUCUGAGAAAUAGGAAGAAGUGCCUCUUUAAAAAUGGAAUAAAGCAGUUGAUACUAGAAUAUGAAUUUUAUUUGUGCUCUCUUACAAAAAGUAAAUACAUGCAUCUGUAUUAUAAGGGUGAACUAUAGAUACCAUUUGAAGGAGAAUAUUUGAGGUCUUGCUUUGAGCAUUCUCAUGUAGUAUUGUCUUUAUUGUGUAAGUUUAAAACAGUACCUUGAACAUGUUAUUGACAAACCUGGCACUAUGCUAAAACAAUAUCAAAGCAUUAAAUUGAGUUUUGCAAGCAAGUUUUUGAAGUGGGCAUGCAUGAUUACUUUUAUUUCAAUAAUAGUUUGCAUAAGUGUUUUCACAUAAAAUGCUUGUUUACUUCACAGUACUGAAAAUUCAUACAAUUAUAAGCCAGAAAGUCAGGCAGUUAGAUUCUCUUUAAUAUUAACUAAGUCACAUUGUUGAAUUAAACAUUUGAUGUUUCUGUAACAUGCCUGAAGGAACAGAGGUCCCUCUAAUGCAACAAAAAAAAUUCAGAGUUGUUUUGGACAUCAAGAAACAUGUUCAUUACUCUUAACAAAAAGAAACUUUUAGAGCCAUGGCAGUGUGUCUUCAGGAACAGACUUCCUCUCCUUCUGUUGUUUUAUCUAAGCAUCUAAGUGGUCUGAUUGGUUAAUAAUAUCUCUUUUGCUUCUUAUUUGCUGUGUAUUAAUGAUUAUUUGGAAAAUUUCCAUUAGCCAUGAGGACAUUUCAGAAUGACUUUCAAUGCACAAAAUAAAGAAACAAAGCUCUGGAACAAUAUGUGAACUUUCAGAUAUGGUAUUUACAUUUUUUGCAUAAAUAAGCUAAUAGGCAAAAAUUCUGUUUAAUAUGUGCUGUAUAGAUAUAUAGCCUAAGAAAUAGUGAUGCAUUUUAAAUUUAUGAGGCUAUUAGAUCAUGUAAGAAUCAGCAGAGUAUAUAAAAUGUAUUGGAACAAAUGUAGAGGGUUGGCUAAAUAUCCAGUGUAAUUAUCUUUAGCAGUAAAAGGAUUUUUGUUUGUUUGUUCGUUUUUUGUUUUAGCUGAAAAAACUACUUUCCAAUGUGCUAUUAGAACUAGUUAGCACUAUUAAUAUUUGAAAGGGAGAAAAUAAUAAACAAAAGGAAACUUGACUUUGAAACAUUAUUAUAUCACAUUUUUAAUGGCUUAAAGAAUAUAAUUUUUUCAUGAGUUGAAAUUUUUAUUUUGUCAAAGUCUAUAGGUUGGCCCCACAUGUGGACACAAUGCUAUGGAAUCUAUUUUGUGCUAAGUGUGGGAAUCUAUUCCCUAGGACUGUAGGGAAAAAAUGUAUAAAAUAGAAAUUCACUGAAUUGAAACACCCAAGUUGUACCAUUUUUUUUAAAGGAGUACAAAUGAUAUUGCUGAAAUAAAAAAAAAAUUUAGAAACCAAAUAAAUAUAGGACUUAAAUACAAUAAAUGAACUUUUAUAGUAAAUAGUGAACAUUGUUUCAUUUUGCAGGGUGUUUGGUCAGAAUUGGACCUAGUUUCAAGUUUCAUGCAAAUAUUUUUGUCCUUAAUGAUUUUUUUUUUUUUUGGCUUUUUGCCAUUUCUUGGGCGGCUCCCACGGCAUAUGGAGGUUCCCAGGCUAGGGGUCUAAUCGGGGCUGUAGCCACUGGCCUACGCCAGAGCCACAGCAACGCGGGAUCUGAGCCGCAUCUGCAACCUACACCACAGCUCACAGCAACGCCGGAUCGUCAACCCACUGAGCAAGGGCAGGGAUCAAACCCUCAACCUCAUGGUUCCUAGUUGGAUUCGUUAACCACUGCGCCACGAUGGGAACUCCUCCUUAAUUAAUUUUAAUGCAUUUAUUUUAUCAAAAUUAGUUUUGUGGUGAAUAAGAAGGACCUGGAUGAGAAUCAAAAUAAAGUUUGACAAAACUACUAAGAGUGAACAAAUCUUAAACCAUAUUAAAAAUUGCAGUGGAUUAUAAUUGGUUUACAUAUAACAGAGGUUAACAGCUUUGUGUUGUUUCUAAUUCACUUUUUUCAGUUUUUCCCCAAACCAGUCAUUUUUAUUUUCAAAACUGUCUAGAUUAAUCAAGAUAUCUAAGAGGUAAUAUACAAAUCCUUGACAGGAAUACUAAGCACACUAUUUACUAUUUGGCUCAACUACCUUUGACCUACCUUUAUUGGGAGUUGUUUAUUCCAAUACAGUAUUAUAAAUGGUAUAAUGUAAUUUUGAAUAAAUAUACAUUUCUGCUUAAAAAA